AUGAAACGUAUGAGAGACGGCGACGUCGACUACUUUGUGAGGUUUUACCGCAUGACGCCUCCGACUUUUGAUGAACUGCACGACAUGGUGAAGGAGGACCUGACACGGCAGUUCUUCAUCCGUGAGCCGCUUCCAUCGGAAGAACGCCUUGCGAUUGCCCUGAGCUACCUAUCAUCUGGCCAACAGAUCAAGGACGUGGCCCUGCUAUACAGGGUUGGGCUGGAAACAGCGCGACAGGCAGUCCAUGUCACGUGUCGGGCCCUGUGGGAGAGGCUGCACCAACCAUUCAUGAAGCCUCCUACUGAGGCUGAGUUGGUGGAGAUCGCGGAGGGGUUCAGGCGGAGGUGGCAGUUCCCCAACUGCCUAGGAGCUGUCGAUGGCAAGCACGUCGCAAUCACCUGUCCCAGGGACUCUGGCAGCGUUUUCUACAAUUACAAGGGGGGUUACAGCUCAGCGUCAUUUUUGAAGAAGGGUAAUAUUCCUGCAUCAGUUUUUGAGAAGAAGUCUGUGAAACCUCUCAACUCACUCUCUCUUGAAUGCGUGGGUAACGUUGAAAAAAUAAGGAAGACUAUCGUCACUAUCCUGAAGGAUGAUAUAAAUUGCCUGGCGAGACAGUGA